UGCGGCCGAUCUGCCACAAGCUCGAUCAGGAACUUGAAAGUGGAGUAAAUGGUGUAACUGUACUGAGCUCUGAUAUGUUUACAGUGCCUAAUUUGAAGUUGCCUUAGCCAGGACACAUCCGCCCAGGAUGGCUCUAAUUGAGGGCGUGGGCGACGAGGUCACCCUGCUUUUCGGAGUGGUGUUCCUCAUGCUUGUCCUGGUCCUGGCCUGGGCCUCGACACACACCGCCGAGCCACCCGAGCACCUCGUGACGCCCAGUCCCGGCUCCACUCCCUCUGCAGAGCCCGAGAGCCAGGAGCCUCUUCCCACUGGUGACCUCGCCUCGCCACCCCGCCGCUCAGGAGAAGAUGGAAAGACUGAGGCCGAAACGAGGCGAGAAGCCGAGGCACGUGGCUCCGUCGCCGGUGCUGGGGGGGCAGGAGGAGACGGAGGUCUGCUGGAAGGGGGCGGUCUGAGGCACAGAAAUGUACCAGGUCCUUCACUUGACGCUCAGCCACCAGUCAGUGCCUCAGACGCCUCACAGGCAGCCAGCUCAGAAGACGUUGCCAGUAACGUGGAGAGGAACAUGGUAUUACGGCUGAAGUUCUUGAAUGACACAGAACGGAUAGCACAUGUCCAUCCUGAGGACACCAUAGGUUACCUUAAAAGGACCUACUUCGCAGGCCAGGAGCACCAGGUGCGUCUCAUCUACCAAGGUCAGCUUCUCCAGGACGACACCCAAAAUCUGGCCUCCCUCAACCUCGCCGACAACUGCGUCCUGCACUGCCACAUUUCGCAGCACGCCACUCGGGCCGUUCCCGCCGGGGCACGGGCCGCCGACCAGGUGCACAUGGCGCUGAACGUGGGCAGCCUGAUGGUGCCUCUGUUCGUUCUCAUGCUUUCGGUGCUCUGGUACUUUCAGUUCCAGUACCGCCAGUUCUUCACCGCUCCUGCCACUGCCUCCCUCGUGGGCAUUACCAUUUUCUUUAGUUUUGUGGCAUUCGGGGUGUACCGUCGUUAAUUAGGAGAGUUUUAUCAGUCGUAUAAACCAGCACCGAUCUAUGUAUGUUGCUUUUCUGGGAUCCCUGGACGCUCGGGUUGUUUGAAGGGAGUAAUCUCACAGUUUUCUCUGUGGAUUUUUUUCUUCACUGUAGACCUUCUCAUCUGCACCACGUUUAUGCUUUUGUCACAGAACAAAAUGUGCUAUAUAUUUAAUUUUUUUGUUUCCUUUUUUUUUUAAUAGAAUUGCUCAUGGUGCCUAUCUCAAUAUUUCUCUUUUUUUUUUUGACUUUGCAGGCUGCCAGUGUGUGGCUGAUUCUUGCUCACGAGAGGGUUUAAAUAGUCGUGUGAUUAAACUUACAGGCAGAAUUAUGGAAGUCUGUCUGUCUCGCACUUUUCCAGAGUGGAGCAGACAGCACUGCUGUUGUGUGUUGGGACUAUGAAGUACGAUGUUUAAAAAAUUGCUUUUGAAACAAAUACAUAAUCUAUUAAAUCAUUCUUUUAUUUA